AUGGUCUUCGAAUCACCAGCGUGGGCGCGAGCGCUCCCUCCAGUGUCUCUGCCAGACAGCAUCACAAUCGAAGAAUUCAUGUAUUCAGAACAACAUGGCCGCAAACCAUUGAAACUGUCCCGUAAUCCAUACACUUGCGGAUUGACGAGUCAGACAUAUACUGUUGCUGAGGUCCGGGAAAGGGUCGACUACAUGGCCAGGGCCAUAGCGAAACGACUCGAUUGGGGUGUCGCCAACGGCACGGAAUGGGACAAGGUGGCUUGUGUCUUUUCUUGGAACACGAUCGAUUACGUUCCAUUGACCCACGCAUUGCAUCGCCUCAACGCUAUUGCAUCGCCUGCAAAUGCAGCAUAUAGCGUCUCUGAACUCACACAUCAACUUCGAGCGACAAGUGCAAAAGCCUUGUUCACCUGCGUCUCUCUCCUUCCCGUGGCUUUGGAGGCAGCGACAGCGGCAGAUAUCUCGAAAGACCAUAUUUUCAUCCUCGACAUGCCUAAUGAAACAAACAACAGCGCGUUUGUUGGUCUAUCUACGCUGAUAGAUGAAGGAAGGCAUUUGCCUCUGCUCCCGCCGUUGCUAUGGGUCAAGGAGCAAGGAAAACGACAGGUUGCCUAUAUUUGCUUCUCAAGCGGCACCUCUGGCCUUCCGAAAGGUGUCAUGUUGUCUCACUACAACAUCAUCAGUAACAUUGCCUUACAAGUCGCGUAUGAGAGCUAUGGGCGGAAAUUAGCUGGGGUUGAAACGCAGGUCGGACUGGGUCUAUUGCCGUUCAGCCAUAUCUACGGUCUAGUCAUCAUCUCUCACAUACUACCUUGGCGGGGUGAUGAGGUGGUGGUGCUCCCAAGAUACAAUCUAGGCCACAUGCUCGCAGCCAUACAGAAGUACAAAGCUAACCAUUUGCCGCUUGUCCCGCCUAUCGCCAUUCAGCUACUCCAGAACAAAAGAAAAUGCGACUCGUACGACCUGAGUAGUUUAGAAUGGGUCACCUCAGGGGCUGCACCCCUCGGCGCGAAGACCAUCGAAAGUAUGCAGCAGAUGUGGCCAAGAUGGAAAGUUGCACAGGGCUAUGGCUUGACGGAAAGCAGUCCUUCUGUUUGCUCCACAAGCCAGCAUGACAUUCUCCCCGGCACAUCAGGGUCCAUCGUUCUCGGCACCCGAUGUAAAGUUAUAGAUGAGAAUGGCUUGGAAGUAACGGAGCUCGAGAAGCCAGGCGAACUCUUCGUCCAAUCUCCAAACAUCUGUCUCGGCUACAUGAACAACGCCAAAGCCACAGCAGAGACGUUUGUGUGGGACGAGGACGGUCGUUGGCUUCGAACAGGUGAUGUUGUUGUUAUACGUCUGUCACCUCUUGGUACAGAGCACGUGGUCAUCGUCGACCGAAUCAAAGAGCUCAUUAAAGUGAAGGGCAAUCAAGUGGCCCCCGCAGAGCUCGAGGCGCAUAUUCUUUCUCAUCCGUUCGUCGCAGAUUGCGCAGUCAUCCCUGUCCCCGACGAUUUCGCUGGGGAAGUGCCCAAGGCCUUUGUAGUAAAAGAUGCUUACACGGGUAAUAAGUCCGACGAAGAGAUCGAGACUGCUAUCUGCAAAUAUGUUGAAAGCCACAAAGCAAAGUACAAGUGGCUCGAGGGUGGUGUGGAGUUUGUUGAAGCCAUUCCCAAAAGCCCUAGCGGUAAAAUCCUCAGACGGGUUUUGCAAGCAAGAGAGAAGGGAAAGUCAGUGGGCGCCACGGCUAAGCUAUAG